GAGGGGCGGAGUAUCAAGCGGGGUUAGCCAAUUAGAGCGACCCACGAUCAAGCAAGCAAAUUUGUGAUGAACUUUAAAACUGGCUGGAAUUGAGUAUUCUUCGCCUAACCUUACCAGAGAGAUAUUGUAUGUGGUAACUGGGAACAUUCGAUUAUUAUUAUUAUUAUUAUUAUUUUUUAAAUGGAGUCAUUAGGAUUUAAUUACAAUAAAAUAUUGUCUUAUAUUGCGUUUGUACUAGUUUUGUUAGAUUUGCAGUAUGAAGGAGUGCAAUGUGGGAAAAAUGGAGAAGUUGAAAAUCAUCUGGAACUGGGGAAGAAGCUUCUGGCUGCCGGACAGUUGGCAGAUGCUCUGUCUCAUUUUCACGCUGCUGUAGAUGAAGACCCCAAAAACUACAUGGCCUACUACAGAAGAGCUACUGUGUAUCUGGCCAUGGGUAAAUCAAAAUCGGCACUCCCAGAUCUCAGCAGCGUUGUUGAACUGAAACCAGAUUUCACUUCUGCACGACUACAGAGAGGAAACCUGCUGUUGAAACAGGGCAAGUUAGAUGAAGCUGAAGAAGACUUUAAAAAAGUGCUAAAAUCCAGCCCGAGUGCCAAAGAGGAGGCUGAUGCCAGGACUCAGCUGAUUAAAUGUGAUCAAAUGCAGCGGCUUCUGGUCCAGACCCACAGGGAAUUCAACAAUGAGGAUUACAAAACAGCAACUGCUCAACUUGACACCCUGCUAGAGACUUGUGUUUGGGAUGUAACCCUACGAGAGCUCAGGGCAGAAUGUUACAUCCAGCUGGGAGAACUGGGCAAAGCAAUCAGUGACCUGAAAGCUGCUACGAAAUUGAAGAACGACAACACUGCAGCUUUCUAUAAGAUCAGUACCAUCUACUACAAGCUGGGAGAUCAUGAAAUGUCGCUCAACGAGAUCCGUGAGUGUCUGAAGCUGAACCCAGAUCACAAGCAGUGCUUCAGUCACUACAAGCAAGUGAAAAAGCUCAACAAGCAGAUUAUGUCUGCAGAGGAGCUCAUCGGAGAGGAGAAGUACACAGAUGCCAUAAGUAAAUACGAGUCAGUUAUGAAGACUGAGCCCAAUGUGCCCUAUUAUACAAUGCAGGCCAAAGAGAGGGUUUGUCAUUGUUUGUCAAAGAACCAGCAAGCACAUGAAGCCAUUGAAACCUGCACAGAAGUCCUGAAGUCAGACCCCCACAAUGUGAAUGUUUUAAAAGACCGAGCAGAAGCAUAUCUUUUGGAUGAGCAGUAUCAUGAGGCUGUGAGAGAUUAUGAAACUGCACAGGAGCACAAUGAGAGCGAUCCUCAGGUCAAGGAAGGACUGGAGAGAGCACAGAGACUCCUGAAGCAGUCCCAGAAGAGGGACUAUUAUAAGAUAUUAGGAGUAAAGAGAAAUGCCCAGAAAAAGGAGAUUAUAAAGGCAUACAGGAAGCAGGCACAGCAGUGGCACCCGGACAACUUCCAGGAUGAAGAGGAGAAGAAAAAAGCAGAGCAGAAAUUUAUUGACAUUGCCUCUGCCAAAGAGGUGCUCACUGAUCCAGAGAUGAGAAGGAAGUUUGAUGAAGGUCAGGACCCACUGGACCCUGAGAAUCAACAGGGAGGAGACAAUGGUGGGCAUCACUUCCACAGAGGCUGGAACUCAUGGCAGGGAUUCAACCCCUUUGGCUCUGGAUCUUUUAACUUCAAGUUCCAGCACAACUAGUACUGAUGAGUUUCUCUGAGUAUGGAAUAAUGUAUUCAGUACUUUGGAGCCCGCAGCAUAGAAACUGCAGGAACAAGAACUUGAAACUGUUCAAGCAAGACAGGAAGCUGUCUGAAUUUAGAAGACCCUUUUGAUUUUUUUAAGUUCUCUCUUUUAUCUGCUGCAUUUGGGAGAUAGCAACCCUGUGUAAAGAUUCCAUGCAACAAUAACAAAUCUGUUUAAUGUAUAUGUAACUUACAUGAGGAAGGUCCACAUUGGAGUAAGGCUUCCCAUUUACAACAGCAAUUUUAGAUUGCUUUUUUUUUUUACUGUGCUCAUUUUGACCCAAAAAAACAAAAAAAAAGAUUCUAUAUGUUCUUAUACUUGGUGACACUGAAUUGAAAGCUGCAGUGUGUGCUGCAAGAACUGUGACGCUUUUGUCAGGACUGUAAUUUCUCAUGGUCUGUAUGUAAAUGUGACAAUCAUAUUCUGUCAGAAGAUUGAAGUCCUACAUGUAACGUCCAACCCUAUUCAUGCUUGAGAGAAUGUUUGAGGGCUUAGUAUCAUUUGCAGCUGAAAUUGUCUUCCUUGUAAUCAUCUGUUUUGUAAAUUCUUGUGGAAAAAUGGGCAACAACAUAUUUUUAAUAAUUUUAAAAGUUUGGUUUUGUAAUUGUGUUCAAGCACAGCAGGCACACUUGAACCAUUCUGUAAAUUGCAUCUGGGGUGUGACAAUACCAUUUCCACUACAUUACCUUUAGUAUUACCUUUCCCAUUUUGAUAAUUACCUUGGCAUGCCACCCUAUGUGCAUGAUCAUGUUCAUGUGUAAUACAGGACCACAGUAUUUGUUUUCAGUAUCCAGUCCUCAGUAUCUGUGACUGCCUAUGUGCCAUAUGAAUUAAGAGGCCUUUCAUUGCUGCCAUGCUAUCCACCCUCUGCGUGCCAGGAAGCUGCUUUUGUUUCCCCUGUGCGAGUCACUGGCUGUAUGUCUCGUACAAACUGAAGGGAUCAGAAAGAAUACAAGAGCAGGUUUUUAAAAUCAAGUACAACUAGAAUGUAGGAUUCCUGCUGCAAAAGCAUCGUAACUAUAGCUUUCAAGUGUGGUGUUGGGUUUUACCCUAACAGUUGCCUGACUGUUUUAUAAAAGGAAAAUCUAAUUUACAGUAUUUACCUCGGGCAUUGGUUUGGCGUGAAACAAAAUAUUAUUGUAAUGCAAUAGCUAUACUUUGUAAUGGGUAGACUAAGUUCACCUUGUACAAAUAUUUAUACCUGUGAUUGCAACUGCCAUCUCCAUUCAUUUGCUUCAAUACAUCGUUUACUUUUCUGCACAUUCCCCCCCAAAAAUGAUUUAAAACAAAAAUGUCAAUAUCAUAUUUUAAAAACAGGUUGUCACAUGUACUUGCACAGCAUGUUCGUGUAUGUGUAACGUUUAUGUACGAGAUUUUUAUAUUAAGUAUUUUCUGAAUUGUAAAUAAGAGAUAUUUAUGUUGACAAUUUAGUGCUCCUUCACUUGAUGGUUGCCAGGGAUAACCACUGUUACUGGUCUAAAGAAAAAAAAAAAAGAAAAAAAAAACACUGCAUUGGA